CACCGUUUAAUCAUCAACAAUCGACGCCGAGCGAGAGACCAGAAGGCCCGCCUCACCAGGGCAUGAAAAUAGAAGUGCUGGGAGAAUAUAAUUUUCGACAAUAUCGACAACGUAAUUACAGUUAACCUUUGUGGCUUCGUGUGUUUGCUAGCUAACGUUAAGCAGCACCAUGUUUAUCUCUUCACAAAAUACAGCGCCCUCCUUCAGAGGUUUCACCCUCGUCAUGCCAGCAGUGGCUGUUGGCAAUGUGGGCCAGCUGGCUGUGGACCUCGUGGUGUCCACUCUCAACAUGAGCAGAGUGGGCUUCAUACACACAGACUGUCUCAUCCCCAUGGCUGGGAAUAACCCGUACACCACCUGCAAAGAGGAUGCUGAGGAGCUGCACACCCCUGCAGAAGUUUACACAGCAACAGAACUGAAGCUGGCAGUUCUUCAAAUCAGGGCGCCGAUAAUUCAGAAAAAAUCCAAAAAGUUCAGGCAGCUGCUUGUGUCGUGGAUCAAAACCAGCGGCUUCUCCAGGACAGUAGUUCUGUCCAGCAGCCACGCCUACCAGAGGGACGACCAGCAGCUACAAGGCACUCCUCUGAGGUACCUGGUCACUCCAUCCCUGCUGAAGGGGAGCGCGGAUGCAUUCAAAGAGCUCGGCUGGAGGGAGAUGGAGCGAGUGCCGGCCUUCCCCGGACUGGCAGACGCCGACGCAGAGCCGUGCCUCUGCAUCCCCGGAGGAGGCAUAACUAAAGGACUCUACUCGGACAGUUGUGCAGAGGAUCUCCCGCUGGCCGUGCUGCUGCUCUUCUGUUCAGAGGGCGACAACAUCCCAGACGCCUUCACGCUCGUCAACCACGUCAACGACUGGCUCCAUCUGCUGGACAAUCCCAGCAAAGAGCACAACAAAUGGAAGAUCCCAACUUCUUGGAGCCUUCUGUUUGGCAGCGGCAUCCCUCCAGCGCUGUUCUGAACCACACAUAGUUAAGUUUUUGCUAUUUUUAGCACAUAAUUAGAGUUUGGGGAAUGCAGCCAAGUCAAAGCUCUGGAAGCUCAGAAAUCUUUUUCCGUCUUUGCAUUUUUCAGAAAAUUGUGAUCUGACUGUGAAGUGGAUGACCCCCCCCCCCACCCCCCCACCAGUUUCCUUUAUUUUGAUAAUCAUAGGCUGUAAAAACAUUACAUCAUCCUGUACAGGAAUCGAGUCAAACGUGCUUCAAAAAAUAAAAACAAAACUUAUUUCCUUAUAUUGCAGCAUUUGAAAGUUUUUUGUUUUUUUUUCUCCCAAUAAAAGACUGUUACAGGAA